AAGUCCAAUUAAGCAUUGCGGGCAAAGAAUAGUUUAAUUGCGGCUUUUUUUGUUACUUUUUGUUGUGAAGCGCAUUUUAGUUGAAUGUAACAAAAAUAUCGAAAAUAUUUUUAUAAUUUAAUAAAUAUGGAGCUUAAUAAUGCAGUAGAAGAGUCAUGCACUGUUUUAAAGGACCCAAUAUCAUUAGUUCAACUAUUGAGUGAUGGCGCUAAUUUCGAAAUUAGCACAAAUGCGGAUGAGUACGAAAAUAAUAUGUUCGAUGAGCUCAACAUUGGCUCUGACGAUGAGAAUGAAGAUAGCGAAACUAUAAUAUCUCAGUUUCCAUCGCCUUGGACACAACCGUUUGCGGAACUUAAACAAGAUAUGGUAAAAAUAUCAGAUGAUAUUCAUAAGAAAAUAACUGCUGUUGGUUGUAAGGAAAAAGGUUUAGUUCCGGACAACGCACGUGUAUGUAUAAAAUACAAUGCUUAUUGGGAAGGUGACAGUGUCCCAUUCGAUUCUUCCUUUUUACGUGGAGCUAAAUUCACUUUUUAUACCGGUCAAUGUGAAGUCCUGUCAGGUUUGGAAAAAGCUGUUCAAUCUAUGUAUCAAGGCGAGAGCGCCACAUUCAUCAUACACUACAAUUUAUUAUUCCAUGAAAUGGGUUGCCCACCACGUGUUAAGCCAAAAGCUGAUGGUCUCUUCAUUAUAGACGUAAUUUCCUUUGAUUUGAUAGGAAAUCUUACUGCAGAUAUGAGUAUUAAACCCGAAGAUCGUAAUAAAUAUACUAUAGUUGUCGAAAAAGUAAAAGAUAUACAUUUAAGAGGUUUAGAUUUCUUUAAACAACAAAUGUACAGAAAUGCCAUAUCUGCGUUUCAACGUGCUGCCAACGUACUAAGCUAUUGUAGCUUACAGAAUGAAGAUGAGGAACGUGGUCAGAAGUUAUUUUUGAUUAAAUUGUAUACAAAUUUAGCGGUAUGUUUCAAUAAAGUUGGUGAUCCAAAGAAAGCUUGUAUAAUGUGCAGGGAAGUACGUAAUUUAGACAAACAGAAACCGUCGUGCAAAAUUCUAUUUCAAGAAGGCAAAGCCCUGCGUAUGCUCGGUGAAUAUGAAAGAGCUCGUAAUAUUUUGGCAAAGUCACUUCUCCUAGAACCUAUGAAUCCCGAAAUCAAUGCUGAAUUAAAAUUACUUAAUGAGCAAUAUGAGCAGUGGCAACAUCAAGAAAAAAAUAUUUGGACAAAAGCACUAGGAAUGCAGUUAAAGGAGAAGUCUAAAAACGACGUUGAAACUACUAAUAGAGAUCAAUGGGAAGAAAUAAUAAAAAAUUUCAAAACUAAAUCUAACUUAAAUGACUUUAAGUUACCAACCUAUUUGUCAAAUGAUGAUAUGACUUUGAUCAAUGAACUCGCUGAGCAGUUUGAGUUAAAAGUCCGUGUUUCUACUUUGAAUAAUACACGCACUUUGUCGCGCAAAUAAUAUUUGAAGUGAAAUAAAUUACAUUUGCUUUAUAACGAUUUUGUAUUGUUAGUAUACUAAUGCUUGUAAAUGUUUAUCUUUGCUUGUAAAUGUAUAUGUAAAUAAAUUAUAUAAGUACAUAUAUUAAAUAUAUAGAAUACCACAGAAUUUUAGUAGUGA